AUGUCUAAUAAACGUAAACGUCAUGUUCUUUCGAUGGAACAAAAAAUAGAAAUUCUUGCUAAACUGGACAAAGGUGAGACUAGCGUAUCUUUAGCCCGUAUUUAUAAUAUAGGUAAAGCAACAGUUACAGAUAUUAAAAACAACCGUCAUGCAAUCAUGGAUUUUGCGUCAAAGAUGAAUAGUGAUUAUGGAAUAAAAAGAAAAAAAGUUAUGAGAAUCACAAAAUAUCAUGAUCUUGACAAAGCAAUGGAAAUGUGGUUUAUACAAAAACGAAGCUUAAAUGAACCAAUUUCUGGACCUUAUUUGAAAAAGCUCUUGAGAUGA